UGCUUAGAGUACCAUGGAUACUCUGUAUCCGUAGACCAGUGCAAAAGACUGUUAUAUUAAUUGAACCCUGCACGAUGGCGGUAUGCCAUAGCCAUCACCCACCCACCAUUCCCCUCCGUCCCCAUCUGGUAUCUCUUCGAUUCUAUUCUAUUCACUUACUUACCUACAUGUAUGCAGUCAACGUUGCCCUGGGACGGACCGCUGCAUGGUCCGGGAGAGUGGAUCAUCCCGACUUUUUCUUCUCGAAGAACGGAGUUUAGUAACAAAAACAAGUAGUUAACUAAAAUAAGAGGGCUGGACGCGUUGAGAGACCAAGAAACCCGGCGGCGUCACCGCUUUUAGCUGAAAAACGUAACCUGGCCGAGUGUGCGCAAAAGGAUUCCUUAGUGCGCGAUACAAGAAUAAUUACGGAAUACACGGACGGAGG